UGGGGACACGUCAACCCCUCGUGACUGCCAUAUUGAGCAACAGCGUAACAAAAAGCGGAUGUUCUUAGCUAGGACAAGAUUUUAUCAAGCUAGCUAACGUCAGUUGGUUAGAUUUUUCCACUUUCACUUCUUGAAAAAUAGUAAGUGAUCCCGGAAAAACUGACUUCGAGGGACUUAAGUUGUUAAAAAAAAGAAUUGUCCUGGUGCCGUAACAUCGUCGCUUGACUAUUGAACAGAAGAGUCACAUCCCCAGGGAAGGAUGGCCUCCCGUAAGAAGGUGCUGCUGAAGGUGAUCAUCCUCGGAGACUCUGGGGUAGGGAAGACUUCUCUGAUGAACCAGUAUGUAAAUAAGAAGUUCAGUAACCAGUACAAGGCCACUAUAGGAGCGGACUUCCUCACCAAGGAGGUGAUGGUGGACGACAGGCUGGUCACCAUGCAGAUCUGGGACACGGCGGGGCAGGAGCGUUUCCAGUCUCUGGGCGUGGCGUUCUACCGCGGCGCUGACUGCUGUGUGCUGGUCUACGAUGUCACGGCGCCCAACACCUUCAAGACACUGGACAGCUGGAGGGAUGAGUUCCUGAUCCAGGCCAGCCCCAGAGACCCAGACAACUUCCCCUUUGUGGUGCUAGGCAACAAGAUUGACCUCGAGAACAGACAGGUGACGACAAAACGUGCCCAGGCCUGGUGUGCCAGUAAGAGCAGCAUCCCCUACUUUGAGACCAGCGCCAAGGAGGCCAUCAACGUAGACCAAGCAUUCCAGACCAUUGCCCGCAAUGCCCUUAAACAGGAGUCAGAGGUGGAGACGUAUGACUUCCCAGACCAGAUCAAACUGAGAGACGACCGGCCCGCCGACCCCAGCGACGGCUGCUCCUGCUGAGACCAACCAACGACGGAUGGAUAGAGGGGACCAGGAAGACCAUGGGGUGCAGCUCAACAAUUAUCCUGGUCUCUUACCUCCUCUGCACUGGUGUGAAAGACUGGGACAGGUGAGGCUAAUUCGGAGGCCGUCUCCCACACAGCCUUCCUGUGUUCUCACACCAGUGCAGAUGAAGAUGAGUCGAGGGGAGAUUGAGAUGCACCCCGAGGAGAGAGCCCGGGGACACACCCCCAGUCGAUGCCCCCAGUCCUCUCCCCUCAGUCAGCUACAGAAGACUCCAGAUAAAAAGAGAGGAAAAAAAGGAAACACUUAUUUUUCUUAAGUCCCUGUCUCCAGUGGCGACCUGGCCGACAGGAAGGAGAGAAAGCCCCUGUUGCACAGCAUCACUUUUUAACAAGGUAGAAGAAUCAUUGCUACUAUGGAAAAUACAAUCAUGAUGCUCCUAUUAUAAUGAUUUCUAAUGAUGUUUUCUUGUCUUUUGUUAUGGUUUUAAUUGUUCCUUUCUAUAAUACUGAGGUACAGACUGCUCAUCUGUCUGUUUGUGAUCCAGGUAGACAUUCUCCUUAACUACAGAUCUAGGAUCAGAUUCCUGUUUUCCACAGAACCUAACCUUCACCAUUGGAGGGAUUAGAAGCCUGUGUCAGUGUUAAGGAGAAAUUUGUACCUACUCGACUCGCUCUGUGCCUUUCAUCUCAUGACAAGUAUUACUGUGGCAGAUCUCGUAUGUAUAUGUGUUCUUUUUCUGCAGUUCUUAUGUUGCCAAACUUUGUCAACCCUAGACCUUUUCUUUGACUUGUUUCUCGUUGAGCCAGUUCUCUUCAAUUAUUUAGUGUUUUAAAUCGUUGUGUAGAGAGUGAUAAGCUAACCAGAUGCAUUGAAAGUCAAUCUGCAAUUAGAAUACAAAGGUGUGCACCGAAAUUCGGUCAACCCAACAGCAACCCUCGGCAGUAUCAGUUCUGCGUUUAGGUUCUGUUCUCCUUUUUAUCUUGUAUUAAGUUCUGUACAUUUCUUGUUUUUGUUGCCUUAUCCAUACUACACACGACUAUGUCCCUGUACAUUGGCUGUAAAUUCUUGAGUCCAAAGUCAAACCUAACCUAAAGGCCCCUAAUAAAUCUAAACAUAUCUGAUUUGUGUAAGCAGUAUAGUACUACAAUAGUUUCUGCCAUAUUAUUUUACACCACUUGUCAGGUCUGGGCGGCUCUCCCUCGAAGUGUCUAGGGAAAGAAAUAGGGUCUAAGUGUUGAUUUGGGAUGUCCUCUGCCCUAACAGUAGUCCCAGGCCAGACUUUCAUUCCACUGUUAUCUUAAAUCUGCCGAUCUACACCAACUAGUGUCGCUCUAUAUUCAUGUAACAGAAAUGAACAUGUUCUUAAACCAAUUAACAAAAAUCCUUAGUCCUAUGUGAUUUUUAUUUUAGCACAACUCCUACUUCAACUGUCAUCUUUUGUUGAAUAUGCUCUUUCUCCACUGUAAACAAAUAAAUGUUUACUUUAUGGAAAUA